UCUACCACCAAACUGCUUACACCCAUCUGAUAUUGCGGAAAUGUGUAGCUAGCUAUGGCUAGAGUUUCAUUUGACACUGCUGUGCUGGGUUGUUUCUGCCAGCUGGAAAAGGAUCAGCACAGAAACCCAGGCGACGCUUCAAUUCUAGACCGCCCUACAUUCGGAAAUCCAGCAAACAUUGGCAUAACGGCGCGAGGGACAAACUCGGAAUCAAACUUGACUAGCUAAUCUGCACAUGCCUCUGACUGUAGUUAGUUUUUUUUCUUCAAAUCUCGUGUAAAUAGAUGGCUAUAUACCCUAUUUUUUUUAUUAAGACCAAAUGCGGACGGACGGAGGACCUAGCUUGCUAACUAGUACGUAGCAUAGCAAGCUAACGCAAGUUGUUAACGCUAGCUAGUAAGGAAGAAUUAUAGCAACGCUGCAGUUGUUUUUCUCGUACUAUUUAGCCAACCGUCUAGUCGUAGUGACCGCGGUAUAAAAAAAACCUCACUUGUCGGUGAUGUGUGGGAAAACGAACGUUUUCUACUAGUACUACAGAAGCUAGUUAACAUUAGCAAGCUGUUUCGGUAAUUGUCGAAGUUUCCGUUCUCUCAUAAAUUAACAAAUAGUGUAUGUUUGAUGUUUAUAUAGUACAUAUAGACAUUGAGCCUUUGCUAUAUUACUGUAGUUUGGUCAAGUCCCCGGUCUAAAGUUUACCGUCUACCCGUGGGAACAAACCACGGUUUGGGCAGACCUUUGCUUUAGUUUAGUGAGCGGAGUCCUCUAUCUUGACAGCUCUCCCUGGCACUGCAGAGUUCAGUUCAUUGUGAUUGGCAGAACACUUUUCUUGAUCCAGAGUGGACGAGGCUCACCAAUGUAGCUUGUUUGUGAAUACAGGGUUACUGUACCUUCACAUGAAUAACGUUAACUAAUAUUAAAAUACUCGAUCAUCCGGAACUCUGCUUUAAAUUGUAGCUAACUUAAAUAUCAUUGAGAGGUCCAUCUAGGUAUGAUUGUUCAUUGACUUCAGUGACUUCAGCUAGCUAGCUAGUUAGCUAGCUAGAACUGUAGCUCGCUAGCUAGCUAGUUUACUCCGUCGACACGUAACUUAGCAAGCUAGCCGCUAGGUAAGGCUACUUAUGAGUAACUUUUUGAUAAGUUAGCUAGCUAACGUUUAGCUAUUGAAACAAGAAAGUCCGCAGUUCAGCAAUAACAGACACAGAAGACAGAUGCACAUCGAGUUUUGAGGGAUUCGGUGAAGUUAUUACCCCCGGAAAAUUCGUUAAGAUGUCAAACCGGCCGCCAUUAUUAACAAUUGAUCAUUCGUCAAACCAGUCUCAUUCAGAGUCCAAGUCAGGGGGGCGCCCCAAUAUGCCACGAUGCCGGAUUUCUGUCGCCACGACAGCAGACGAGCAGCCACAUAUUGGCAACUACAGGCUGCUGAAAACCAUUGGCAAGGGCAACUUUGCCAAGGUCAAACUGGCCCGGCAUGUCCUCACAGGGAAAGAGGUGGCUGUGAAAAUCAUAGACAAAACACAGCUGAACUCUUCCAGUCUCCAGAAGCUUUUUCGUGAAGUGAGAAUCAUGAAGCUGCUGAACCAUCCAAAUAUCGUUAAGUUAUUUGAAGUUAUUGAGACUGAGAAGACGCUGUACUUGAUCAUGGAGUAUGCCAGUGGCGGUGAGGUGUUUGAUUACCUGGUUGCUCACGGCAGAAUGAAAGAGAAAGAGGCCAGGGCAAAAUUUAGACAGAUAGUGUCGGCGGUACAGUACUGCCAUCAGAAGUGCAUCGUACACAGAGACCUAAAAGCUGAGAACCUCCUCCUAGAUGCUGACAUGAACAUCAAGAUAGCAGACUUUGGCUUCAGUAAUGAAUUCACCAUGGGGAACAAGCUGGACACGUUCUGUGGCUCUCCUCCCUACGCCGCCCCGGAGCUGUUCCAGGGGAAGAAAUAUGACGGGCCAGAGGUGGACGUCUGGAGCCUGGGGGUCAUCCUCUACACACUGGUCAGCGGAUCACUGCCCUUUGACGGACAGAACCUCAAGGAGCUGCGUGAACGGGUUUUGCGGGGGAAGUAUAGGAUUCCCUUCUAUAUGUCCACGGACUGCGAGAACCUACUCAAGAAAUUCCUCAUUCUCAACCCAACCAAGAGGGGCAGCCUAGAGCAGCAGAUCAUGAAGGACCGCUGGAUGAACGUAGGCCAUGAGGAUGAGGAGCUGAAGCCCUUCAUUGAGCCCCAGCCAGACUACAAGGACCCCAAAAGGACAGGUCAGCACCCCGACCGAGCGGGGGGGUGGAAGAGAGACAUCAUGUUGCAGAUGGGCUUCUCUGCAGAGGGGAUCCAUGACUCACUCGUCAACCAAAAAUACAAUGAAGUCAUGGCCACAUACCUAUUACUGGAUUACAGGAACUCUGAGAUGGAUGAAUGUAUCAGCCUAUCAAUGAAACCCCGCCCAGGAAGUGACCUCACAAACAGCAAUGCCCUAUCCCCUUCUCACAAGGUACAGCGGAGCACGUCAUCCAAUCCAAAGGCUCGGCGAGCAACAGAUGCAGGUUCUGCUGCCUCGAAGCGUCCCCAGGGCGACAACAAGCACACGGCAGAUGAUUUUGGGAGGAAAGGUUCUGGCACUGGCAGCUCCAUAAAAGUCCCUUCCAGUCCUUUAGCUCCAGGGGACCGUAAGAGGAGCACCCCCACCCCAUCCACUAACAGCAUCUUGUCCACCGGUACGAGUCGCAGUCGAAACUCUCCUCUCCCUGAGAGAGCAACUCUUGGGGUCCAAAAUGGAAAAGACAGCCUGACCACACCGGGGUCCCGCGCCUCCACAGCCUCGGCAGGCGCCGUGCUCUCGUCCUCCUCCCGCCCCCGACACCACAAGUCCCUGUCCACCUCCGCCCACCCCAGCCCCCCAGACAUCCACGCACACCGACCCAGUGGCACUCAACGAGUCCCAGUGGCGUCUCCCUCCGCCCACAACAUCAGCAGUUCCACAGCCACGGACCGAUCCAAUUUCCCCAGGAAUGUGGCCACCCGGAGCACUUUCAGUGCCGGCCAGCAGAGGGCUGUGCGGGACCAGCAUGCCUCCACCUACAACGGCCCACCCGCCUCGCCCUCCCUCUCCUACGGGAACAGCCAGGCCCGAAGAGCUGGGGGCACGGGCAUCUUCAGCAAGUUCACCUCCAAGUUUGUGCGCAGAAAUCUCUCAUUCAGAUUCCCCAGAAGGAGUCCGUAUGAGGGAGAGGGUGGAGAUGAGGCCAGCAGACCAAUGCUUACCACUGCUGAGAAGUUAGAAAAGGGCACCCUGGGCUCUGCAGGAGAUGAGAACAAGGACUCUCUGUCCUCCACCUCCACCGUACCCAGCACCCCGACCCCGGGCCUGACGCCAAAGGACAACAAGCCCCGGUCGCUGCGCUUCACCUGGAGCAUGAAGACCACCUCCUCCAUGGAGCCCAAUGAGAUGAUGAAGGAGAUCCGGAAGGUUCUGGACUCCAACAGCUGUGAAUAUGAGCUGAGGGAGCGCUACAUGCUGCUGUGCAUGUCCGGGAAUCCCGCCUGCGACGACUUUGUCCAGUGGGAGAUGGAGGUAUGCAAGCUGCCUCGCCUCUCCCUCAACGGGGUUCGUUUUAAGCGCAUUUCUGGUACAUCCAUCGCAUUCAAGAACAUCGCCUCCAAGGUUGCCAAUGAGCUCAAACUGUGAGCUUGUGGAGAAUGAGUAGUGAUGAUCAGGUGUUGGACAGUGAAUGGAGACUGACUGGAGCACAAAGGUAAAGAGGGUGAACAUUGAGACAAAUGGGGUAAGAGCAUUUGUAGCGGCAAAGGUGUAUGGACAGACAGUAGUUGUGGUUGGUUGGGUGGGUGGGAGUAUCUUGAACAGGUUGGCUAGGUGUGUAGAGACCUUAUGAGGGGAUGGAUCAUUUUCUUGGGAGGGGGUGUUCUUUACGGUUUGAAUUUUGUCCCUUCUCCAUCCCCUCUGACUUUCCUUGUCUCAGUUUCUCUUAAACCUCACAAUCGUCUUUUGUUUCCCCAAAAGGAAUUCAUGGACAGAAAAUAUGAAAGGACUGUAGUUAUAAAGUACUGAACUGAUUGUAGGUUUUUGUAUAUUUUAUUUUGAGCCCCAAAUGUCCCUGGACAGCUGUAACCCUCAGGCCUUUGUCCCUCCUGCGUCCUGCACCAAGCCCAACCUGGGGUCAAAGCACCAUGUUACUGUACUUGAGCAUUCUUCAUCCCAUUUUCAGCUGUCUGUUUCGAACAGAUGAAGAGAGCUGCAGUUUGACAUUCUGAAUGUACAACAUGAUUAGACAGAUGUAUCUGAGGUACAACACAUUCACUACAGCUGUAAAUUGGUUUUUGCAUCAUGUUCCAAUUCUGAUCAGCUAUUGACUGCUGCACAAGGUUCCUGCUUCCGUGUAUCGAUUCAGAACGCCUCUGUCAUUGCUACAUCACAGUGCAGUGUCUUACUUGAGGGUACCAUGAAGGUGCGGACUUGAACUCUUUGCGCUCUGAUUGCGAACAUUUACCUUCCUGCACCCCAAGCCCCUACAAUUAGUUUUUUGUUUUUUACAACAUGGGGUAAUUUAUCUGAUGAACUAAUUAAGGGCCAAUUGAUCAUUAUUGGUGGAUUGUAAUGUAAUUAAGAGUUGCUGGUUGGUUUCACUGUGCACUGGAAUGUCUGAGUCUGAGUUCCCUUGCCUUUCUCUGGAGAAAAUAAUUAUUAAUAUUGUUAUUAUAAAAAUAAACAAAGUUGGAUGAUU